AAGCGUUAGAUAAAAGUUUUCGUGGAUGUUAUUCUUUUUGUGUAUUGCUACGGAACUGGUUUUCGAACAUAUAUCGUGUAUAACUUUACACUGAAAUCGACCGAACGAAUAUACCAUUUUCGUCUGGAAGAAUUACGGUCGAGUGUAUUUAAAAUAAUUCAAAAUUCUCCUUAAUUCAAAGUUGAAAAUGGAGGAAGACCAGGACCCUGACAUCGACACCGAAAAACUCAUAUCCCUGCUAGCCAAACUUAGUGAAACAAUGGACAGCAAAAGUGUGAGAGACACAACGGAAACUUUAUUGGAAAUUCAUAGGAAUAUUUUCCAGCAUGAAGAUGACAUACAAUAUAGAAAACUCAAGACAAGUAAUAUGAAGUUCAACAAGAGAGUAUGGAGCAUUCCGUUGGCGCGUGAGUUCAUGUUGACGUGUGGCUGGUUGAAUAUUCAUAAUGUGCUUGUGUACAACAAUGACGAUGAAUGCCUUCUCCCCAUUAUUUCUAUCAUCUUGGAUCAUCGACACAUUCGUCCUAAAGAAGAAGAAUGGGUCGAAGCAACUAAAGUAGAAGACUUGGAUUGCGAGAAACGCAAAGAGGAAGCCCUAAGGAUGAAAGCGGCAGCUGAACGCCAGAAAAAUCUCGAUGAGUUCAAGAAAGACAAAGCAUACAGGGAAGCUUUGGCUGCUGAAGUGAAGGCCAAAAUUAAAGCAGAUCAAGAAAGCCGAAAACAGCAAGCUUUCUGCCGCCAGCCUGUGCGAGGAAACAAGCUGGUGAAAGGUGCAAGAGUGAAAACUCUGCAGUCCCUGAACAAGCCCCAGUGAAGGAAUUCCUGCUCUGAAGCCAUUUUCUACUUCUUUUAUGUGU